CACCUCGUCGGCACGGAACACCGCCCCCCGAGUCAAGGGUCAACCCACCCACCCACCCACCGAUCUCCGUCCGUCCACCAUGGGAGCCGGCCAGGACCUGGAGGCCGGCUACGGCGACGGCGGCGAGAAGAAGAUGGCCCACUCCUCCUCCUCCUCGGGCCCGCUCCCGCCGUCGGAGCCGCCGCACCUGCGGGGCCAGGUCGGCUUCCCCCAGCCCGCCCCGCCCCCCGGCUUCUCCGCCGGAGGCUACCAGCAGCAGAAGCAGCCCUACGCGCCCGCCGAUCCGUACUACGCGCAGGGGUACCAAGCCGCCCCAGGUUAUGGUCCUGUUGUUCAAGGUAGGCCUGUUGAAGGAAGACCCGUGAGAAUGCGGCGCCUUCCAUGCUGUGGGCUCGGCAUGGGCUGGCUUCUGUUCAUUGCCGGCUUCUUCUUGGCUGCCAUUCCGUGGUAUAUUGGUGCUUUCAUCCUAAUCUGUGUCCGGGUACAUGACCACAGAGAGAAACCAGGAUAUGUUGCCUGCACUAUUGCUGCUAUAAUUGCGGCCAUUGUUAUACCCCUUGGAGUAACAAAAGGAACAGACUCAUGGUGAGCCACCACCAGCUCUUGGCAGGCGGUUCUGUUGCUGAAUAUAAACAUCGUUAUUUCUGGACUAAUUACAUGAUAGGUUAUUACAAAGUCUGCUGGUUGUAUUUCAUGUAUGAGUGUGUCUUGUAUACAUAUAUGUACAGUAAAAAGAGUGGGGCUGCAUCUUCGAUGUUCUCUUGUAUCGAUACUUGAUACUUAUAGUGUGUAAUAAAAGCUCGAAUGUACAACACA